AUGUUGCUUUUUCUUCUCUUAGCUGUAUGCCACUGGGUAUGGUGCAGGUGGCAGACUAGGCAUUGGAGGGACAGAGUCGGUGUCUACCCCAACAUUGCUUGAAUCCAUUCAGCAUGUGUUUAUUAAGAAAGUAGCUGUGAACUCAGGAGGAAAGCACUGCCUUGCCCUGUCUUCAGAAGGAGAAGUUUACUCUUGGGGUGAGGCAGAAGAUGGGAAGCUGGGUCAUGGCAACAGAAGGUGAGGUUUAUACAUGGGGCGACAAUGAUGAGGGACAGCUGGGAGAUGGAACCACCAACGCCAUCCAGAGGCCUCGGUUGGUAGCUGCCCUUCAGGGUAAGAAGGUCAACCGUGUGGCCUGUGGCUCAGCACAUACCCUCGCCUGGUCGACCAGCAAGCCCGCCAGCGCUGGCAAACUCCCAGCACAGGUCCCCAUGGAGUACAAUCACCUGCAGGAGAUCCCCAUCAUCGCACUGAGGAACCGCCUGCUGCUGCUGCACCACCUCUCCGAGCUCUUCUGUCCCUGCAUCCCCAUGUUCGACCUGGAAGGCUCACUCGACGAAACUGGACUCGGGCCUUCUGUUGGGUUCGACACCCUGCGAGGAAUUCUGAUAUCCCAGGGAAAGGAGGCAGCUUUCCGAAAAGUAGUGCAAGCAACCAUGGUGCGCGAUCGUCAGCACGGUCCCGUCGUCGAGCUGAACCGCAUCCAGGUAGCGCAUGGAGAGACCUGUCCUGUGCUUUUCCUGUAGCCUGACAGCCUUACAAGUGAUGCUUUCGUGGGUGCCUGGGCCGGGACGAGAGCGCUGGUAGCCUGCCAUCCCGUGCACCCCAACUUUAAAGAGCAGGCGCCACCUUCCUUUUUGUGGGCUUCCUGUGUGUGAUGUGCUGGGCCUUCCAGGAAUGUCAGUGUGUUUCUUUAUGUAGAAGUAAUGAAGAUUUAUCUCAGAUAGUCCAAAAGCACAAACACAGGUCAGCAAGAAUGGGGAAAAGAAAAUCAGCCCUCUUCCCACUGCACGAUGAUAACCGCUGCUGUUACAUUGGGAGGUGUGUGUCUGUUUGUUACAGCCCAAGCAGGAUCACUGCCUUUUAAAAUUUGCUGUGCUCCUCCCUGCCAUGGAAUAGGGCUGUGGGGCUGCUUGUGUUUGGCAGCUGCCUGCGGCCUGCUCCUCUCUUGCAGGGGUGUGUCCUGGUUUACUCUGUUAGAUUUCUCUGAUGGUGCGAGGGGGCCAUGCCCACUUUUCUGUGGCACAGGCAGGGCUAUCUGGGUGUGUCUUCGGUCGCCCCUUUUGUUAAGUUCUGAGAAGUGGAGUGGGUCACAGGCCCAGUGAUAGUUUGAUGAUGCAUCCGAUCAUAGGUUAUAACAGUUCAUGCUCCCACUGUCCUCACACCCUCCCCCCACUGGUAGUUUUCUUUGCCAGUGUCAUAGGCCAGAGUUACUAGUAUGUCUCAUUGUCUCAUGGGUAGCAGUCAAAGAAACGACUAGUAGACGGUUUGUAAGUUUAUACUGCUUCAAGUCUAUAUAAACUCACAGUUACAAACAAAGAGGAGCCUCAGCCCCUGAUGAUGAUAGCGUGCAGAACUUGACAUUUAAUGCUCAGAUGAAACUGACCUUGCCUCUUGGAUCAGACACAGAGAGCCACGAAGAACAAAUUCUUUGUUCCUGUACCUUUGUAUUAGCACAUGAUUUUUACCCUGAUGUUGAUUACAUGACUAGGAAUUGUUUCAGAGUUAUAUUUGGGGGCAUGUUGAAUUAAAACACCAGACUCUUGUCCUUUGUUGGACAGCUCAUGUGACCACAUUGAUGGAACUGGUCUCUUCACUGACGUCAGAGUGUUUAAUGCUAAACUGUACGUCAGUCAUGUCCUCAAAUAAAUAGUUUGUUUAACUAGGUUCAUAAAAAAGCUUUUAUUUCCCUACGUUGGAUGAUCGCUUCAGUUUGCUGUGCAUCAUAAACAUUACAGCUUGUAAGAAAGGCCAGCCGAUGGCUUCGGCAUCGUCUAACCCCAGCGAUUGAGUACGUCUCAACUUGCACCUCCCUCAAAACUGCACGCAGGCGUUUUGGGCCAGGGGCUCUCAGGGUGGGUGUUCAAGCCCCCUCUUCAAGCCUGGGGGGGCUCUGAGCAUCAGCGAACCUUUGAUAAACUAGGAUGCAGGUUACACACCCUUAUUUCUGUCUUUGUAUCAUCUGAAAUUUUUGAGAAGUCAUUACAUGCUGAAUGCCUCUUCCCUACACAUCUUGCUAUCCCCAGCUUAUGUUACAAAAAUGUUCAGUAUGCAGUUGAAAAAACAAACUAGGUAAAUGGCAAACAAAUUUAUAUUAGUCCUUCUGGCUGGGCGUGGUGGCUCACGCCUGUAAUCCCAGCACUUUGGGAGGCUGACGU